AGGGCUGGGGGAGGGGCGUGUCUGCCAGUUGGGGAAGAAAUUCUCCAGCCCAGGAAGGGAUGCUCGGGGCUCUCCAGGGGAUGGGGGAGAGAUGCUCACGGGCACCUUAGGGGCUCGAGAGAGGGCACAUCUUCGCCCCUUAAGGAGUUGGGGAGGGGGAUGCCUGGGUCACUCAGGUGCCACCCUACCCCGCCAGAAACAUGACUCCCGAGGAGUGGAAGUACCUCGUGAUCCUCCUUAUCUCCAUCCCCGUUGGCUUCCUGUUUAAGAGAGCCGGUCCCGGGCUGAAGCAAUGGGCAGCUGCAGGGCUGGGUGUGGCCCUGACCCUGCUCACCUGUGGGCCCCACACCCUGCACUCACUGGUCACCAUCCUUGGCACCUGGAUCAUCAUGGAGACCUGGCCCAGGUCCUGCCAUUCCCUGGCACUGGCCUGGACCUUUCUCUACCUCCUCUUCUUCCGGAUGGUCACCGUCGUUGGGCUCCCGGCCCCAACGCCCUUCACCAAUGCCCUGCAGCUGCUGCUCACGCUCAAGCUGGUGAGCCUCGCCAGCGAGGUGCAGGAGCUGCGGGCACAGAAGGAAGACCCCCCGAAGCCUCUGCCUGUGGGACAGCUCCUGGCUAUGCCCUCCCUGUCCCAGACAUUGAGCUACAGCUACUGCUACGUGGGCCUCCUGACCGGCCCCUUCUACCGCUACCGCACGUACCAUGACUGGCUGCACCAGGGGCCAGCAGCGGCAGCCGUGCCCAGCUGGGAGCCGUUGCUGCUGCGGGCCCGGCCGGCUCCCCUCUUUGGGCUGCUCUUCCUGCUAUCCUCCUGGCUCUUCCCCCUGGAGGCCGUUCGGGAGGACGCCUUCUAUGACCGCUCCCUGGCGUUCCGUCUCUUCUACAUGGUGCCCGUCUUCUUUGCCUUCCGCAUGCGCUUCUACGUGGCCUGGAUCGCGGCUGAGUGUGGCUGCAUAGCUGCCGGAUUCGGGGCCUACCCUGUGGGGGCCAAGUCGAGGGCCGGGGGUGGCCCCACCCAGCCCUACCCUGCCCCAGACAGUCCGGAAGCUGCAGCAGCCACCAAAUAUGACUAUGAGACCAUCCGCAACAUUGAUUGUCACGGGACCGACUUCUGUGUGCGAGUACGGGAUGGGAUGCGGUACUGGAACAUGACGGUGCAGUGGUGGCUGGCUCAGUACGUCUACAAGAGCGCUCCAGCCCACUCCUAUGUGCUCAGGAGCGCCUGGACCAUGCUCUUGAGUGCCUACUGGCACGGCAUCCACCCAGGCUACUACCUGAGCUUUCUGACCAUCCCCCUGUGCUUGGCGGCCGAGGGCUGCCUGGAGUCCGGCCUGCGGAACCGCCUUGGCCCGGAGGCCCAGCAGGCUUGGGACUGGGUGCACUGGUUCCUGAAGAUGCGAGCCUAUGACUACAUGUGCAUGGGCUUCGUCCUGCUCUCGCUGCAGGACACCCUCCGGUACUGGGCCUCCGUCUAUUUCUGCGUCCACCUGCUGGCCCUGGCCGGCCUGGCGCUGGGGCUGGCCCUGGGGGGAGGAGGCCCUGGCCGCAGGGGAGGGGGCGCCAGGGCUGAAGCCAAGACGCCCCCAAACAAGUCUCCCACACCCCCUGACAAGUUGCGGGAGGAAUGAAGGCCCCGUGGGGCUGAGCUCCCCGAACUUGGAGGGGACCCCAGAAUCCCUGAGGGGCUUGAAGGCAGAGGGGGCUGGAGACCCAGAAGUCUAGAUCCCAGAAGGGACAAGAGCAUCGGCCCCAGCUCCCUGAGAGAGUAGGGCGUGGAGAGCCCUAUUCCUGGGAACCCCCAGCCAGCCUCCCCGGGCCGGCUCCUUGGGGGGGACAUUUUAAUUUUCUCAAUAAAGAGCCUUGGACAAAA